GUUCCGCCCUACACAGUGAGUCCUCCUGUUUGGGCUCAAGUUUCUUAUUACCUUGCUGGGGUUGGCUCUCUGAGAUGAAGAAAUGCUGUCAUUCAGGGAUGUGGCCAUUGAUUUCUCUGCAGAAGAGAGAGAAUGCCUGGAGCCUGCUCAGUGGAAUCUGUACAGGGACGUGAUGCUGGAGAACUACAGCCACCUUGUGUUCCUGGACCUGUCUUUCUCCAAGCCAUUAUUGGUCAGAUUUCUGGAGAAAAACCAAGAACUUUGGAGUGUGCAGAGAAAAGCAGCGGCUGUGCUCCGAGGAAAAAAGCCCUAUAGAUGUAAAGAAUGUGGCAAAGCCUUUGCUAAGAGCUCGGUCCUUACUUAUCACCUGAGAACUCACACUGGAGAGAAACCCUACAAGUGUGACAUAUGUGGCAAGGCCUUUUCUCUACCCUUCACACUUCAUAACCACCAGAAAAUUCACACCAGAGAGAAAUCUUACAAAUGUGAAGUGUGUGGCAAGGCCUUUUCUGUGCCUUCCUCACUUAUUCACCACCACAAUAUUCACACUGGAGAGAAACCUUACAAAUGUGAACUGUGUGACAAGGCCUUUUUUACGCCCUCCACACGUACUAACCACCAGAAAAUUCACACCGGAUGGAAACCCUACGAGUGUGACGUAUGUGGCAAAAAGUUUUCCAGUCCUGGAGACUUUGCAAAACACCAAAGAAUUCAUACGGGAGAGAAACCAUACAAGUGUGAAGAGUGUGAAAAACCCUUUAGUAAUCUUUCAGACCUUAGUAAACACAAAGUCGUUCACACUGGAGAGAAACGCUUCACCUGUGAGAAAUGCGGCAAAGCCUAUAGCAGGGCCCAUCACCUUCGUCGACACAAGAAUGCUCAUACUGGACAGAAGUCCUACAAGUGCAACGAAUGUGGCAAAAUGUUUUACUAUUCUUCAGGCCUUAAGAGACAUGAGAGAAUUCAUUCUGAGGAGAGGCCCUAUGAGUGUGAGGAAUGUGGCAAAGCCUUUCCCAGUCCUUCAGACGUCACUCAACAUGCACGAACCCAUAAGAGAAUGAAGCACUAUACCUGUCACAACUGUGGUGACAGCUUUUCUAUUCAGACAACAUUUUCUAACCUCCAGAAAAUUCGUCUGGAGGGAAAACCAUCUAAAUGUGAGAAAUGUCGAAAGUCUCCAAACUCUACGGCGUUCUCAAAGUUGGGACAGUGUGGCUUGUGCUCCGCGCUCGACAUGGAGGACCUUCUGUCAUUCACAGAUGUGGCCAUUGAUUUCUCUGCAGAGGAGUUUGAAUGUCUGGACUCUGCUCAGUGGAAUCUGUACAGGGACGUGAUGCUGGAGAACUACAACAACCUCGUGUUCCUGGGUCUUGCUUUCUCUAAGCCGUACCUGGUCACAUUUUUGGAGCAGAGUUCAGAUCCGUGGAGCGUGAAGAGAAAAGCAUCAGCGGCCAUCCAUCUAGGAUCAAAAUCCCAUAAAUGUAAAGAAUGUGGGAAAACCUUUGAUAGGAAUUCAGUCCUUAUUCAGCAUCAAAGAAUUCACACUGGAGAGAGACCCUACAAAUGUGAACAAUGUGGCAUGGCCUUCACCAGUCGCUGCAUUCUUUCUAAGCACCAGCGAACCCAUACUGGAGAGAAACCCUACAAAUGUGAAGAAUGUGGCAAAGCAUUCAGCUGUUCCUCCAACCUUCACCAACACCAACAAAUUCACAGGAGAGAGAAACUCUACAAAUGUGAUGACUGUGGGAAGGCCUUUAGCUGUUCUUCAUACCUACAUAAGCAUCAGCGAAUCCAUACUGGCAUGAAACCCUACAAAUGCAAGGAAUGUGGUAAGGCCUUUAACUGUUCUGCAAACCUGAUUUACCACCAGAGAAUUCAUACCGGAGAGAAACCAUAUAAGUGUGGUGAAUGUGGAAAAGCCUUUACCAUUUACUCAACAUUUAUGAAUCACCAGCGAACACAUAGUGGAGAAAAACCCUAUGAAUGCAAAGACUGUGGCAAAGCCUUUACUAAUUGUUAUAAUCUAAUUCAACACCAAAGAAUUCAUACUGGAGAGAAACCCUAUGCAUGUGAAGAAUGUGGCAAAUCUUUUAACUAUUCUUCCCACCUUAAACAACACAAAAGAAUCCAUACCGGAGAGAAACCAUAUAAAUGUGAAGUAUGUGGCAAAGCUUUUAACUGUUCUGAUUAUCUGGUUAAGCAUCAAAGAAUCCAUACUGGGGAGAAGCCCUACAAAUGUGAAGAAUGUGGCAAAGCUUUUAGCUUUUCUACAUAUCUGCAUAAGCAUCAAAGAAUCCAUACUGGAGAGAAACGCUACAGAUGUGAAGAAUGUGGUAAAGCUUUUACUAAUUAUUCGGGGCUUAUUGUUCACCGAAGAGUUCAUACUGGAGAGAAACCCUACAAAUGUGAAGAAUGUGGGAAGGCCUUUAGUGUUCACACAUCACUCUAUAAACAUCAGAGAAUUCAUACCAGAGAGCAACCUUACAAAUGUGACGAAUGUGGAAAGACAUUUAACGUUCAUUCAGCAUUCUCUAAACAUCAGAUAAUCCAUACUAGAGAGAAACCCUACAAAUGCCAACACUGUGACAAGACCUUCAAAUAUCCUUCACCCCUUGUUCAACAUGAAAGAAUUCACACUGGAGAGAGACCCUACAAAUGUGAAGUAUGUGGCAAGGCCUUUACUUCUUCUUCAAAUCUUAAAUAUCACUGGAGACUUCAUACUGGCGAGAAGCCCUACAAAUGUGAAAAAUGUGGGAAAGCCUUUAAAAAUAGUUCCAACGUCACGCGACACUACAAGAUUCAUUCUAGAUUAAUCCAGGUUUAUACAAAGCUUCCAUAAUUGUUCAUUGACAAUUCAGCACUAAAGAAUUCAUAUAGAAGAAAAGCCUUAGAGAUGAACGGAAUAAGGAACCACCUUUAAUAAUAGUCAGGCCCAUAUUUGACAUCCAUCAUUAUAUACUGGAGAGACCUUGUCAUGGUGAAGAAGAUGGCCGUGCUGAGCAUUCUAUACUUAGGGCAUCAAGAUUUUUCAAGAAGCUCUACAAAUGCAGGUAAUGUAGGAACUGCUCAUUAACCAUGAGUGAAUUAUAACCAAACAUUCUACGUGCAAAAUGACUUGGGAAGGAACACUGACAAAUGUAUAGAACUGAGAAAACCAACCUGAUACAGUGAACAGCACAGUGUUGCCACACUUUGCCCAUCAUGUAGAUCUUAAGAGAGAAGAGAGAAUUAUCUAUCAUAGGGGACAAAUUCCAGGAGCCGUAUAGCAUUUAGUAAUCCCUACAGAAUUAAUACAGAACUCUGAACUGACCAAGAAAUGUUUGGUGUGAUAUAAAAACUCAUUAUAGACUUUGGAAUCAUGCAGAUAAAGCUUGUGAGGACAUCAAUAUGUUAUAGAUUGAAAUUAUAACAUAAGCUCAAUUUUGAAAAGUGGUAAGAUCACCUACAAUGAGUGAUUUUAACUAGAAGAAUAAGACUGAGUCCUGAGGUUUCAGAGUCUGUUUUU